CUUUGUUUCUGUUGUGUAGUAAAAAUGAAUCUAAAAUUUUAUUUUAGUGUUUUAAAUUUAUGGAGUUUAAAAUAUGUUUUAACAAUUUAUUGUACUUAUUAUGAUUUGAAGUUAUAUUUAGUUGAAGUAGUAAGUCACAUUGUGUAUCAUCACCAACUUCAAGAGAAAUUAAAUUUAUGGCAUAAUAAAAAUAUAACAGACGACUCUAUAAAAUUACUAAACAUAUCAUUAGAUAAAAUAGAUAUUAAUGCUCAAAUAUUCAACUCCAUAGUAAUUUCAAUGAACUGUAGAUAUGCCAAAUUAUUGCAAAUAUAUGACAGCUACAUUACGACGAUGAUAGGCGAAUGUGAAAAUUAUUACAAUAAAAAAUUAUUUGAAAAAUUUAUUAAAUGCACAAAAUUAAUUGAAGAUGUUGUUUGUAAUUCAAAUACUAUGUUUAAAAAUUUAUAUGAUAUUUUAUCAUUUAUCAAAAACUUAGAACUCAAAUUAAUAUUUCAUGAAUAUGUAGCUCCAAUUACUAUAGUUAAUGAGAUUUAUAUUGUUCAGACAUACACUUCAUUAAAAACAAAACCACAUACGUUUACGUACAUAAAAUCCAAUGGUGAUUUUGACACAAAUAAUGCAUGCAAGGAUCUUUUAAGUAUCAAGCAUUUCCAUGCUACAAUAACUGAUAUGGUUCAUAAUCUUCAAUUUUUAGAUACAGCUAACAAUAUGUCUAUUAAUAUUGUUUAUAAAUAUUUGCUAAAAAAGUACAAUGAUAAAUAUGUGAUACAGCAAGAAUUAGACAAAAGUUUUGUUCAAUUUAUUUAUGACGAUCUCAUAAUAUUUUAUAAUGAAGCUCUCAAAUAUGAUAAUGAUAAUCUUGGAUUUCAAGAAUUAUUACAUCCAACUGUACCCGGACUUAUGCUACCAUUGCACGUUGAUGUUACCGAACAUAGGAUUGCUGCACUAAACAAAUUAUUUUCACAACGUCAUUUUAAGGAUCCUUUUAAAAAUAUUAAUAUUGUCUUAGAAAAUGGUGAAAAAUUAAACGCGAGUACUUUAUCCAAAACUAAAGUGAAUUCUAUAAAUUUAAAGCAAAAUGAAAAAUAUUUUGAACAAUUAUUGAGGUGUAGGUAUGCCGAAAUACUUAAAUACUAUGAACGUUCAUUGAAAAACAUAAUGAACUUAUGUAGAAAUGAAGUAUUAAAAGAUAUACCUAGUACUAUAGAUAUACAUUAUAAACAGUCUGUAGAUUGCGUAAACCUAUUGCGUAAUUUUGUAUCGUUGUCUGUGAAAAUGCUGAAAUACUUAUUAUCUGCUAUGGCAAUACUAAAAAAAUUAUAUAUUUGGGAGAAUAUAAAGAAUGCUCAUAAUUGCUUGCAUGUACCAGCAACUAUUAUGACAAACUUAUUUUAUGAUUUAAAAGCUCUAAAUAUUGGUCCAUAUGAAUAUAACAAAACGAUUAAUGAAAUACAAGCAAAAAAAUAUCUUGACCAAUUAUCUAAGUCCCACGAGAAAUUUAAAAAAGGUUUGCGUAGUGAAUUGGGUAGUCGCCUGAGAUUUCGAUGUGAAUUUUUAGAUAACUUAACAGAUACUCUAAAAUUAAAAAAACUAUAUGAAUUGAAUUUUUCAACCGAACAUGAUGGUCCUGUUCAUAAACAUUUUUAUUCAAAUAUAAUAACAUUUUGUAAUGAAGUUAUUGAAAAUGAUUAUGAACAUUUAGGCUAUAAAAAUUUAAUAUAAACAUUAUUCAUAUACUUUUAGCUUCGAUGCGAAGCAGAGAAGUUAUUAAUUUUACCAUGAUGUGUUUUAUUGUUUUUUUUUAUGUCUGUUGCCGCUUUUUCUCAGCUAUCACUGGACCGAUUUUUUUCAAUAAUACGUCAAAAGAUCACAAAUUGUAUUUAGUUGAAGACAUUAUUCUUAAAAAUUUAAAAAUUUUCCCUCGUUCCCCGCAAAUUGAGAAAAUCUCUAAAAAAAUUACAAAUUUUAAAAUCGGUAAAUUUUGUUAUUUUUUUCAUUUUUUUUUUCUUAUAACUUUUUAAAAAAUCAACAGCUCAACAUAAUUUUAUUUUUAUAUUAAAGCCUUAGAUAUUUUUCUUUCAUUUGUCAUUAUUUUUUUGAAAAUCGACACUUUAUCUUCUGCAUACAAACGGCUGCCGUAGUUAAAAAAAUGGUAUUUUUGUGUUAAAAUUUUCGAUUUUCGAUGUUAAAUUUUUAACUUUAAAUUGCUAUAACUUUUCGAAAAAUGUAUGUGUCAUUACAAAUUUUUUUUUCUAAAUACAUUAUAAGUACAUCUUUCAUUUGACAUACUUUUUUUUAUUAAAAUGUUUG